AUUUGCUCUCUCUCUCUCUCUCUCUCUCUCUGUCUGUCUGUCUGUUACCAAAUCCCACUUCAAUGGCCUCCUCCGCCGAAGCAGGACAACAUCAUCAAUCCGAAACCACCACUGCUCCGCCAGACAAUCUCCCUAUAGUCCUCAUCCAUCGGCUCCCCCAAUUCGACUUAUCCUACAAAUCCUGGAUUCCCGCCACCAAAUUCCUUCUCCUUGACCCACUGGACCAUUCCUUCCCCUCCUCCCCGUCGGCCCAAGCCCUGGCCCGAUCGGCCCGCGUCCUCGUCUGCAUCGGUCCCUCCCCCCUCGCCGCCGACGCGCUCGACCGCUACCCGACAGUCGAGUGCGUCGUGGGCUCCAGCGCCGGCCUCGACCAUGUCGACCUCUCCGAGUGCCGCCGCCGCGGCAUCGCCGUCACCAACGCCGGCGACGCCUUCUCCGCCGACGUGGCAGAUUACGCGGUGGCCCUCCUCAUCGAUGUUCUCCGCCGUGUGUCGGCUAGCAACCGGUAUGUUCGGGCCGGGUCGUGGCCCGUGAAGGGCGAGUAUCCUCUUGGUUCCAAGUUAGGGGGGAAGCAGAUCGGUAUCAUAGGGCUGGGAAGUAUUGGUUCCAUGAUUGCUAAAAGGCUGGAGGCCUUUGGCUGCAGCAUCAGCUACAACUCAAGGAAAAAGAAACCUCACGUUCUGUUUCCUUUCUAUGAAAAUGUCCACGAUCUUGCAACAAAUAGCGAUGCUCUAAUUAUCUGCUGUGCAUUAACGAACAAAACCCACCACAUGAUAAACAAGGACGUCAUGACUGCACUAGGGAAGGAAGGUGUCAUUGUUAAUGUUGGACGUGGGGCUCUUAUCGAUGAAAAGGAACUGGUUCAGUUUUUGGUGCGAGGUGACAUCGGAGGUGCAGGGCUUGAUGUAUAUGAGAAUGAACCUAUUGUGCCUAGAGAACUGUUUGGAUUGGAUAAUGUUGUGUUGUCUCCGCACAGAGCAGUUGCAACGCCAGAAGCCAUUUUAGCUCUCCAAGAGGUAGUCAAAGCCAAUUUAGAGGCUUUCUUUGCCAACGAGCCUUUGGUGUCGCCGGUGGAGCUUGCUUGAAUGACAGCAAUUAUCAAAUAUAUGUCAAUUAAAGAUUGAUUGAUUGGCGGAAGACAACAUGAUGUUGUGCAUCUGCUUACUUUUGUCAAGUGAUUCAAUAAUCAGAGGAGCUGACAUGCCGGUGAAGUUCUUGUAUAAUGGUAAGUUUCGAUAUCAGUUAAUUGUUGUAGAAUCAGAAUACAUUGAGUUGGGUUGUACUCGUUAAAAUUCAAUUGAAUUCUUCUACGGAUUUCCAGCCUGAUCGAUCUUGGUUUCUCUAUCACCUGGGCAACACAGCGGUCUGAAGUUCAUAUGGCAUUCAUAUGCAGUGAGGGAAACAAAUACAGCAGCAUCUCAACACCUCUAGAGAUAAAAUGUGUUGUAGUUCAAUUCAAACAAUCAGCAAUGUUCUCUUAACGAAAUGUUUGGUGUAAUAUACCAAUCAUCUGAUUUGGGUUUGAGCAUUGCCGUAUUCAGCUAUUCAGUGUUUACGAA